CGUCCCGGCCCAGCAUCGACGCAGCAGGUUCCCCCCACAAUUAUUGCCUCCGAUACUCCAAUCACCAUCUGCUGAAUGCUGUCGCGGUUCCUGCCUGCGCGCGCGCGAGCGCGCGCGAGAGAGAGAUUGAGAUCUGAGAGAACCAUCUCGAUGCUGAGCAAUUCAUCACCUCCCGUUCUGAAUCCGAUCAAUCAUCCAGGCAAAAAAAAAAAAAACUGGGAUUUCAGCAUGAUGAAGAUUGAAAAGGGCGGGUGCGAAAGGGGGAAAGAGAAGGGGGGCGCAAGCCAAUCAAGGCCAAAAGGAAGGCAAUGCCACGAAGGAAUCGGGUUAGCCCGGGUCGAAAGGUUCUUCUUCUUUUGCGCCUUUAUGGCAAAGGCCAAAGGGGAAUUCUUCGUCGUCACGCACCAGCGUUACGCAAUUCGCAAAAGAGGAGGGAGGGCAGCUGGCUCUUUAUAUAACCCUUCAUCACUUCUUCUGGCUAACUGGUGUCCUUUGGAGCUGUGCUAUAGCACAUCUGUGGAGUCCCUUGCACUAAGCAAUUUGCCGUUCCAGUGCUCUACUUUGUAGGCCAUCCAUAGUAGACGGAAAAACCUCACCAGUAACAUUAUUCUGGGAGACCAACUCAAGAAUGAUAUAAUGGAGCUUUACCCUGGCUAUCUUGAAGACCAUUUUAACAUCCACAAGCUUAGCAUCAGCAGCCCCUCCCCUCCGGAGUACAUGACCUCGGCGUCGACACAGUUUGCGGCGCCAGUCAGAAUGGGGGCGUACGACCGGCCUCCGCCAGUCGGCAUGUGGAGUCACGAGCAGUUCAAGGUUGACAACGGUCAGGCCACGAGCGCAUCCACUAUCAUGGAGGCAGAGAUGAAGUUUGAGACUAGGCUAGAAGAAAUCCCCCAAGUAGUUCUUGAUCAGGAAGGAAUAAAUCUUGAUCAGGAGGCAAGCAAGCCGCCAGACAAGGUCUUAAGAAGACUUGCACAAAACAGAGAGGCUGCACGGAAAAGCCGUCUGCGAAAAAAGGCUUACAUCCAACAGUUGGAGACAAGCCGGUUGAAACUAGCGCAGUUAGAGCAAGAGCUUCAACGGGCCAGGCAGCAGGGUGUGUAUGCAAAUGGGAACCUACAAGAACCGAAUCUUGGAUUUGCAGGAUCGAUCGAUCCAGGUGCUUUAGGUUUCGAGAUCAAGUACAGUCAUUGGGUGGACGAGCAGAACCGCAACACCGGUGAGCUGAGGAAUGCUCUGCUGCAGGGGCAGACGUCGGAGCUAGAGCUCAAGUUGCUCGUCGAGGCCGGGCUCGAGAACUACAACCACCUCUUCAAGAUGAAGGAGGAAGCCGCCAACUCCAACGUGUUCUACGUCAUGUCCGGCAUGUGGAAGACCCCCACCGAGCGGUUCUUCCUGUGGAUCGGCGGGUUCCGGCCAUCGGAGGUUCUCAAGAACCUGAGACCGCAGCUGGAGCCUCUGACGGAGCAGCAGGUCGCGGAGGUGAGCGGCCUGCAGCAAACCUCGAUGCAGGUCGAGGACGCGCUGUCGCAGGGCAUGGACAAGCUGAAGCAGACGAUCGCCGACUCGCUGACGGCGGCCGACCCGUUCGGCUCCCCCGAGGCCUACAUGGUGCACAUGACCAACGCCGUGGAGCAGCUCAGAUCCCUCGUCCAGUUCGUCACCCAGGCAGACCAUCUCCGGCAGCAGACGCUGCAGGAGAUGCACAAGAUCCUGAAGCCGCCGCAGGCGGCGAGGGGGCUCGUCGCGCUGGGGGACUAUUUCCAGCGCUUCCGAACGCUGAGCUCGCUCUGGGCAGCUCGCCCUCGCGAUUCAGGGAUAAGCUAAGCACGCAGUAUGAUUCACAAGUAGACGCUACAGAUAUGAGAUAUCAGUAGCAACUCGUCGUGUAGUUCAGUACUUCAGUGUCAUGUCAGGUCAAUGGCCAGUGAAGGAUGAAAUAGAUCUUUCUACCUGGGCUUCGGAAGAAGAACUCAUGAUCGAUUUUCUGUAGCACCCUGCUGCAAUCCAGGAGAGGUGUAUGGUUUGUCUGCCCGCAGAGAUAAGAAAUAACCAAAAUGAAGUUUGGUCUUCAGAUGUGGCACAAGAGAAGAUGAUAUGUAGAUAUAUACAUGUUUUGGUAUCAUGCCUGAGGCCUCUACAGCCGGUUUAUAGAUAUGAUGUAAUUAUCUGUAACUAGUGUUGCUUAGUUCCUCCUCCCUAGCACGGCAGACAUAGAUGACGUACUGCCAUUGUAUUGUAUGGAAGAACGAGUUAGUUCAUUUGAGAACUGGAAAAAAAACAAUCAGUGAUGUUUUGCUGAAGUUGAAGCAGUUUCUGCCACCACCAAGGCUUACAAAUCGUUUGGCUUAUCAGUGCUGUCCCUCAACGGCGAUGAGGUUACUGCACAAACCACAAAAACCACGACAAAUUCGUACUUCGUGCGGUUUGAUGGGGUAACUGCAGUGCUUUGAAACUGGAUAUUUAAAAAUAAGAAAAAAAAUGUAAAGCGUAGUAAAAUCCUGGAAAAUUGU